CCUGUCCUUUGAAUUGCUACCGUUAUGCAUACUCGGUUACAACCACUUAGCGCAACAGCAUUGUGGGCUCUGCACUUGGCAAAACGGAACUCUUCGUCUCUCAUUUGGCCAGUUCAAGUCCGUGGAUGGGAACUCUAUUAUCAAUGCUGAGAAGAAUAGACUGGUUCCGGGCUCCUAUACUCUUAAAAUAGGGUAUGAUGCUUCCUCGAUUGCGGAUCUCGGAUGAUUUGGACGAAAAAUGAGUUUUAUCAAAGAGGAGGGGAUGUACGCUUGAUUGAUUCUCUUGCAGGAGAAACAAUUUGGCAACGAGGUCUUCAUGGGAAUGGGCGUUGUGAUUUGAUAAUGCGAUAACCCUAAGGCCAACCAGAGAUAGAGUUCAUGAAUGGAACCUCAGGGCCUAAUGGGUGGUGUAACGCUCAUACUCUACUAUCUGGAGAUGACUGUGGCAGCAUUGCGAUUGCUUACGGUGCGAAAGUUAUUGAGGCUUACAAUCAUUUAAGCUGUGCUUGCCCUGGUGCUGUACGACCAAUCAACGUCUGUGUGUUUGCUGGAACGCCCACACCCCACCGAUACGCUGUCGCCGGAUGGAAGUUGCCGAUUUGUGGAAGUCGGCCAGAACGGAAAUGCUGUGAUCAACUUGCCAGCUCCUGCGGUAUAUUGAUGGCGGCGAACCGGGAUUCAGUGCACUCAUUCACAAACCUUUCAACGGUACUGUUGCUCGAAAGGAGUUAAACCCUGUCGCCGAUAUUUCAGGAUUUUUAAACAUGAGUCAGACGUGAUUCCGAGUUUGAUAAGUGCGCAAAGUUCGCUGCGCUUUCAAUUGCAGAGAUAGAAUCCUGGAUUGCAAGGAAUUGGCGAUGGACCGGUUGUAGCAAGCCUACAGAAUGGGAUGAAAGUGUGUUUGUCGCCUGGAACUCCUCCACAACCUAAAAUUAGUCCAUGUAUGUGAGGCAUUUAUCAGUAUUUAUCAGUUGCUUACUUUGGGGUUAUGCAUAGAGGCACAAUGUGAAGUGGCAACAAAUGGAAGUCUUGUGUGAACACUCAAAGCAUGCUGUGGAAAGUCGGGAUUCGGUGGUACCACGACCGAAUUCUGCACUGUCGUCCCUGGCGCACCUGGUAAAUGGAUGCCAACAAAACUGUGACAUGACAAUUCCUAGCGAACGUCGCAAAUGAGGCAAGUGCCGUAAGUUUUAGGUUACCGACAUUAUCGCGACCCAAUGGACGCAUGGGUAAAUAAUUCAAUGUGGGCUUCUGAAUA